CUGUAAUCCCGGCAACCGGGCUCAAGCCGGGCGACCGGCAUGCAAGCGAAGCUCUGUGUUUUGCUGACGGCUCAAGGUUCCAAGUCUCCCGAGUCCCCGGACUGAAGACUCGGACUACGAUAGAAGCGGCUCAUGCUCCGAACAUUGCAGAGUGCAAAUCUCUGACACGCAGGAACCAUGAAGCACUUUGCAGUCUUUGGCGUUGGCAUUGGGCUCGCCGCCCCGGCGACGGCCUUCUACACGGGCAACAUCAAUUACUUCUCACCUUCACAACAUCACCCAUCCCUGGGAGUGUCGAUCCGCAAGGUCGCCGCCCGCACUCAUAGCAAUUCUCCCUGGUCUCCGAACCAGCUCAACUUCACCCACGGCGUUGCCAGUGGCGAUCCACUCGAGGAUUCCGUCAUUCUCUGGACUCGUGCAGCACCUACCUCGGACAACGAUGCGAGCAACAUCACCGUCUCGGGCUAUGUUGAUCUCUACAGCCACGAAACCGACGCCUAUGUGAGGGCCAGCAAGGCCCCAGUUUGCGUCGAAUGGAAGGUCUCCAAGAAGCAGGAUCUGUCUCAUCCCGUCUCCUCGGGGACGGCUUACACUAGCUCGGACAUUGACUUCACCGUCAAGGUCGAAGCAAAAGGGUUGAAACCGUUCACUCAGUACUUUUAUCAGUUCAACAUCUGCAAAUCCAACAAUACCAGCCCGCUCGGCCGGACCAAAACACUGCCGUCGAAGAAAGGCAAAGUUCACUCGCCCAUCAGGAUUGCCAUCUAUUCGUGCAGCAACUACCCGUUUGGCUUUUUCAAUGCCUACGGUAACACCGUUCGAAAGGAUUCAGCCGACUACGUGAUCCAUCUCGGUGACUACAUCUACGAGUACAAGAAUGGCUACUACGGCUGGGGCAACGCAUAUGACCGUAUCCCAUUGCCAGACCGGGAAAUCUUUACUCUCUAUGACUACCGCAAGAGGAUCGCCACUUACCGCACCGACUUGGAUCUGCUUGCCAGCCACCAGCAGUUCCCGUGGAUUCCAGUUUGGGACGAUCACGAGGUUGCUGACAACACGUACCGUGACGGAAUGUCUGAGCUGAACAACACUGAGAACUCUUUCAUCAGCGACGGCGGCGUUGCCGUGGAUCAACGGAAGAUGAACGCCGUGCGCGCCUACUUCGAAUGGAUGCCAAUCCGUCAGGUUGACAUGGAUGACAACCUCCGCAUCUGGCGGGAUUUCCAGUUUGGCGAUCUCUUCGACCUCCUCAUGCUGGACACGCGUCAGUACGACCGGAGCAUCACCGACUUGUACUGGAACACGGACUACGUGCAUGCCAUCAGCAACGACACCGGGCGGUCCUUGAUGGGUCCUCGCCAGGAGGCGUGGUUCUACCGCAAGCUGCGCGAGAGCUCGUCUCGCGGCGCGGCCUGGCGCAUUGUCGGCAAUCAGAUCAUCUUCAGCCGGAUGAACGAAAGCCUCGCUUUCGGCAACGAGAACCCGCUCAACUACGACCAGUGGGACGGUUACCAGGCCAACCGCAACCGCACCCUCAACACACUCUACGAGAACAAGAUCAACAACACCAUCUUCCUCGCCGGCGACUCCCACGCCUCGUGGGUAUCCGACCUCGCCUGGCUCGACACGAAAGCAUACGACCCCGAAUCCGGUGCGGGGGCCAUUGGCGUGGAGCUGGCGGGCAGCGCCGUGAGCUCUCCCUGCCCCGCGGGGCAAAACAUUACCCUCACGGCCGCCAACGCGGGUUCGGCCUGGCUGACGGCCGCCAACCGUGAGCUGCAGUGGCAGGACCUGUACUACCGGGGGUACUUUGAGCUGUCGAUCGGGUACGAUGCCGUCAACGCCAGCUUCUUUGGUUUGCCGUCUGUCACGACCCGCAACGGCUACGAGAUCCCUCUGGCCAACUUCACCAUUAAGCACAACGCGAACAGACUGGAUCGCCAGGCUGCGUCGUUCGGGGUGAAGACUGUUGAGAGUGGGAGUCUUAAGGGUGGAAAGACGGUGGGGACUAACUUGACGUUUGACACUAGCACUGGCGAGUGGUUUGUGUUUACUGGAAAAUAAAGGGGUGUGACCUUGGGAAGUGCCGCAACUGCUCAGCUUGGAUACUACUAGUAGUAGUAACUGGCUAGGAUGGUAUAUGUACCUACUUAUUAAUGAGUACGAAGUAAGGGUCUUGGA